CUCCACUCUGUCAAAGCUUGCUCGGCGCUCGGACCAAAACCGGCAUUUGCUCUUCAAACUUUGGCAACAACGAACCAACUCAUCAGUGAUUUUCCAAACGAACUUGGAAGUGUCUUUGGCAGUUGUGGUUUGCAACAAUCCUCGGGAUUGUCAAACAGUAGAGUACUCGCACAAAUCAACGCAAAAUGGCUCAAAAUCGGAGAAUCUUCGACGAGAAUCGUGCCGUAUUCUCGUCGCUGGAAGAUCAAUUUGAUCACGACUAUACGGAUAUCGUCACCAGUUCAUCCUCUAAUGGUGUUCUUUCAUUCGGAGACGUAUCCGAUGAUUACAUCGAUUACUACAACGCAGAUUCCCUCCCAGAACCAAUCACAUCCCCCACACCCAAUCAUAAACGCCUCUUGGACGAUGUAGAUUUGUCCGAUUACACCAAUAUUACCAAAAUCGUUCUCGAGCCCCAAGAAUGGGACUCUCGAGAUUUCUUUAUCGAAACCGUGGGAGGGAAAGUGUGGUUGGUGCCUUUGGCCAUCGCAGCAGGAGUGGUAGUGGGCGUGUUGUGUUGGCUCUUGUGGGUGAGCAUCUUGAAAAUGUCGGUUGAAAGUCGACGAAAAGCCAAGCGGCUGAUUCGAUCACAUAGCCGUGGUGCCAUCUUCAGUCCGCAAGCCGUCAGAAGUCGGACGCAUCCGGGGGACAUCCCGGUGACUUUGCUCAACCAUUCGUCAGUGUUGGAAGGCUCGACGUCGAGUCGAUCCGGACCCACGAACCAGGAGAUCACCUUGGCCAUCGACAACAUGGAAAUGGCCAUGGACAAUAUGGUUCGAGAGAUCCAGAGCCGACAUGAGGAGCCUUCUCGGAGUUCCACGCCUGAAACGGGCAAGAGCUCCUCGCCAGUGUUACCUGCUUCCGAAAGUGAUAACUCGAGCUCGUCGAGUUCAUCUGUGAUAUCUGUUCAGUCUGUGGUUCAUCGUGAGGAUACGGAUGAACCACCCAUUGAUAGUAGGAAUGUGACCAAGUUCUAGGAAUCUUGUUCUCCUUUACUUUGCCUCAUGUUUCAAAGUAAUGCUAGGAAUUAAAUAAACUUUGUAACUUGA